AUGGUUAAAGAGAAAGGAUCGUUCAACGCAGCAGCUUCAAUGGAAAUCAGUGCAACUGCUAAACUUGAAUACACAAAGACUCCUUCCGAAGAUGUGACCGAGUUGAGUAUGACGGAAUCGAGACGGCAAUCGAAUGUUGGUCAAUUCCAUGAAUCCAAGGAAGAAGAGUUUGUUGGUCUCUGGAAUACAGUGGCGAAGGGACAGAGUGCGUCAAUGAUUCUUCCUCAUAAACCACCAAUUGAUACUGCUUCGAUCAAAGCAAAAGCUGCGAGAGAAAAUUCAAUUGAGAUGACUGGAAGUCUUCAGAAGUCACCAUCAGCUGACGCUUUAGGAGUGAUGACUCAAAAAGUCAAAAUGGGAGCUGAUAGCAAAUUUGGUAUUGCUCAAGGAGCUGCAGAUACAACUUUAACAUUAUCUGACCAGACAGGAGCAACCAGCCAUAAUAUCAACAUCUCCAACACUGGAACAGCUAUCGGAACAGUCAAUCAAUUCUCCAACAAAGAAACUGGAGUUGGCUUUGGAGCCUCAUGUUUGGUUCCUCCAAACCCAGAAUUUGCCGAAAUUGAGUUCACUGAAAAGGUUGUACCAAUCACUCAGGCUAGUUUGAGCAAAUUAGCUGCUGGAGAUUCUGUUGCUGCUGUCGAAUCGAAGAUUUUUGGAACCGGAGAAACAGAAGCAGAUUCUUCUCUACUCACGAAAGUUGCUUCCACGGAGACAAUUGGAAAGACACUUCAAGCUUCUAAAGAUUCUGUUGUUACCCUCGAAGCCAAACAAUCUCGUGAUGCAGUGUCAGAUGAAAAGAGUGAUUUGAAUCUGAAGACUGCCAAUUUGGAGAGCCAGAUGUUGAAACUUGCAGAGACUAAAGAAGAAGAGAGUGGAGUGUUCAUUCGUUCUAGUCAUGAAUAUGAGGAAACUCAAAAGACUUUGAGACAUCGUAGUACAUCCCGUGAAUCAGCUAGUCGUACUGUAACAGCCCCGACAAGUCAAGAAGUAUUAGUGAACUUUGACAGAAAAGUUGAAGAGUCAGUUGCUGAGGGCUCUUUGAGCAUAGGAAUUGUGAGAGAGUCGUCGCAAAGUGAAGUCUUGAAACACACCGAACGGACAAGUGACUUGACAAAAUCGUUUAUGAGUGAAGAAGUUGCAGGUGUAAGAGCUGUCAGCGAAACGAGAGCUGAAGAAUUCAGAGGUCGUCAACAAGGAGAUGUUGAAGUUCAGACUGGAGCUGCAAUGGGAAGAAUUGAAGCGCCGAGACCUCAAAGAGAAGAAACUGAAACCACUCAAAAACUGAAGAGAACUUUGAGUGUUGAGAGAAAUGCUAAAGCGAUUGAAACUGCUGAAUCUCAGAUGACUGCGAAUAUUCAGAAGAGAGAAGAUUCACUCACUUCUGAAUAUUCUACAAGAGAUAAUCUACUUCUGAAAUCAUCUAGUGUCAGUCAUGUGGCAAUUCAACAAAUGACAGAACAUCUUGUGAUGAGAAGCAAGAGUGAACACCAUAUUACUGAGAAGCUCCAAGAGAUUCUAUGUGAGAAAGAAUCAUUCAGUUCUCAGGAGUUUAUCACUGAGAACCAGGGUAUUCAUACUCAUUGGGAUGUUAUUGAUAACAAUGGUGAAGCUCUCAUUUGCUGGAAGUCUGCUGAAAUUGAACAGAAAUCACUAGAUGCAAAACAAGUCACAGAAUCGACUGCUGGAACAACACUCGACUUAUCUGUCCGAUUACCUGGUGGAAAGGACGAAGAGAAAAUCGCAGAGCACGUCGUAGUCGGAAUCAGUGAAGCUUUGAGUGUUUCUGAGACAAGAGCUGACAUGGAAAUGACGAGACAAGACGCAUUUUCUGAUGAUGCUACUUAUGUUGCUUCCGAUAUUCUUGAAGAACACAGUCUAUCAACUGUUCAUGAAUUUGGAGAAUCAGAAGCAUCAACUACUUUUGGAAUUGGAAAACUUGUGUCCAAAAAACCAGAAAAGGAAGAAGUUGGACGCAGUUUCUCAGAAACUCGAAAGGCUUCUCAAUUCUCUGAUGUUGCUGCUAUCUCUGAACUCACAACUGAAAUGGAUAGUGAGAUUUUACGUCUGCCGGAAUGUGAUCAGAGUGUGAAGUUGCUGACUUCAAAGACAGAACAGAAAGACUCUAAAGAUCUGAAAGCAACUAUUGAGACUUCGGCAGGAAAAGAUGUUAGCCUGGAAAAAAGAGAUGAUCGCGAACAGUCGAUUGAUGUCAAAAAAGUUGACAAGAGAAGCAUUGCCGAUGGAAAAAGACUUUCUGAGCCACGAAACGAAAAUGCUUUGUCCAAAUACACUUCUGAAAUUGUUGAUCUUGAAGAGAAAAAAAUAGUUCCAUUGACGAGAACUGAUUCGGCCAGUAUGAUUCUGAAAGCACCCCAAACUAAUCGAACUGAUCGUGAAAUCAGUAUUGAUCGAGGAGAAGCUAACCGAAUGGCAUCGAAAAACAUCAUGCAACGUGGAAUGUCACGUGCAUCCGAAGAACGUCGAUUCCAGAUUCAGAUGACAAAAUCGGAGAAGAUGUUGAAGCGUGAAGAUAGUUUCGAUGAAUCAGAGUUUGUCACUUCUGUAUCUUUGAGAGAUGAAGUCACGUCUGGAACAUUCCAUGAAUAUGGGGAUGCAAGUGUAGAAGUAUGCACUUUAUUCGGUAAAAUUGUUCAGAAGAAGUUUGAAGUUGAAGACUUUGAAGAAGUUCUCCCAAUGAUUCGAAGAUGGGCAGAAGUUCUCAGUAUGAAAGCUUCGACAAGUGUUGAUAUUCAGGCUGAUAACUCAAUCUCCAAACCAGAUUCUCAAGCAGAAAGCAGAAAGAACUUGAGAACUGCAAACGUUGAAAAUCAUCGAAUCAAUGUGAAUGCAAUUCAAGAAGAGGUCAUGGAUUCUACAACUGCUUUCCAAUGUAAAAAGACUGGAGAAGACGUUGCAUCGAUUCGACUUCGUGAUAAAUCAAGAGAACGAGUUGAGAAGAAAUAUCAAGAGAAUCAAUGGAAUCUAUUGUCUACAAGUGCCGAAUGGGAAACUCUUUUGAAUGAUUUGGAAGAAUCUGUUACAAUCGCUCAGAGUGUUCAAGAUUCAAUGGCAUUUUCAGCAAAAGCUUCAGCUACAGUCAACUUGAACAGCGAAACAUUGAUCAAGAAAACAGAAUCUGCUUUCGGAAUUCAAAAGUCAAUUUCUCAAUCGAAUGUUGACAAGACGGUUGGACAAUUUAGCAGUGCUAAUGUUGAAAAUGAACUGCUGGUGACCAAGCUUGGAAUGGAUUUGGAAGAAAUUGAAAAGCUUGUUGAUGAGAUUAAUAGAGAACAAGCCGUUGGAGGAAGAAUAAGAGAAUUCGGAAAAUCAGAAACUGGCGGAGGAAUUUAUUUGGUGAGAAGAGCACUACCAAAGGUGAAAGAGACCUCAACUCAUACUGUUACCGUUGCCACAAGUUUCCGUCAAAUCUUUUCAACGAUGAGUGCUGGAGAUGAAAUAAGUGAAGCAAAUGUUGAACUGACUAUUCCAAGUUCUUCAGUUGGGGCCGAAUUCCAAAGUACUGUAGCUCGAAGUGAUUCGAUGACAUUUACAACAAGUCAUGCUUCUGAAUAUACCGCAAGUACUGUUGCUGAUUAUGCAAGAGAUAUUGCAGUAUCUGCAUCCACAGCUGCCAGGAAAAAGGCAAUUCCAGUUGAGAGAUCCAGUCAAAAAUUGAAAGAAGUUGGUUCUGAUGGAAUUGAAAUUCUUUCUCUGUGGGAAGGAAUCGAGACAGAUUUGGAUGCAAGCACUCAACUUGUUGAUCUACUUCGUGUCAAAUCAUCGUUGCAAACAAUUGAAUCAAGUGAAGAAGUUGAAAGAAUCAAUCAGUUUUUGGAAAUGCCAGAAGAAAAAGGAUUAGUGAUUCAUUUGAUUAACAUUCAAAAUAAGGAGAUUUGCGAGAGAAACUUCUCAGUUUCAAUCUGCUCUUUGGAUACUGCUCUCUCUAGGAAAUUUGAGAUACCAUCAUCAUAUUCUGUGAGCAAAGUGUUGACCGAUAAACGUGUACUUCGUGAGAUUUGGAGAGUGAUAGAGAGUGGCGACGUGCGUUUCAACGCCGUCAUUAAUUUGCAUAGAUACAGUCUAUCGAAACCGACAUUGGCACAAGAGACCGUGCUUAGAGAUGUUGUUCGAAUUGCAGCACAACCAUUGUUUAUAUCAGCAGGAGACAUUGAAAGUGACGUCGUUUGGAGUACACAUCAAUUGGAGAAAGCUGCAGUGAGAGAGGAAACGAAUCAAACAAUUAUUGGAGCAAGGAAAGGAGAAAAUAUCAAGAAGAAGUUGGAAGAAUCUGGAGAUGAAAAAGUGAAACUGAAAGUGGAAUUGAUCGGAGGAAAUCAGCCGAAUGAGUUCUGUGAGAAGACAUGGAAUAUCCCAAGACUUGGAGACAAAGUCAAGUUGGAUGCAGAAGAAUUUGAAUUUGAUGAAUGCUUGUUUUACGGACAAAUCAAUUGCAAACAGACUCACUUUGAAGACAAAGAUAUCGUCAUCAAUAUUCCACGUGUCACUUCUCUUCAACUAACAACAUUGGCAUCCAAAGAAGAAACGAAAGAAGUUCAUGAAGCAUGGUCGAUUCCAGAUCAGUUCGAAGUUGCUGAUAGACUAAUUAUCAUUUCGAAUAUUGGAGAACCAACAUACAUGAGAACAAAAGAAUCAACGGAAGAAAUCGUUGGUGUUGGAAUCGCUUACAAUGUUCCAGAGGAGAACUUGAUCACUUCCAUUAAAAUCAAGGACAAGGCGUCUGGAGGUAGCUAUGACUUAACUACGAAAGCUGCUGGAGAUGAAUACAAAGCUAUCAGUUCUUCACUUUCAAGAACUCAAGAUGUCGAGAAAGUCAAAGGAAAAAUGGUUCAAAAAGUUAUUGCAAAAGAAGAAAUCCGUGUUCUCGAAACAACUACAGAAUCGGUCAAUGCUAACUUCAAUUAUGAAAUUCCAGAGGAUAAUGUGAAGAUUGGAGUUACAAAAACAUGUGCAAAUAAUGCUGCUCCAUUCACUAUUCGCCUUCAUGAAUGUCUUGAUUUCUAUGUGAAGAUGUUCUACAAUAUGAACAAGAAAGAUGACUUUGAAUCUCUUAUUAAGACGAUUAUAAUUUCUAAUGGAAUGGAACCAAAAACUUUGUCAUGCAUGGCUGCAGAGUUGGUUGAAGCAACAAGAAAUCCAGAAUUCAAUCGUCCAUCUGAGUUCAGUGACUUGGAGAAGACUGUCAUCGACUUUAACAAAAUCGAAGGAACUUCUUUGAACACUUUCGAACCAACCACUGUGAAGAUAACACUUUCAACUGUUCUCAAUCGAGAAAACGAAUAUUUCCGUACCGAACACAUCGUCAAAGACAAAAAUCGUGGAGCAAGUCUGAAAUUCCGAUUCAUUGAAUCCCGCGAGGAGAAGCAAACAAUAUUUAUUGCAUUCGAAGUAGAUGCUGAAAAUGAGAAAAUCGAACGAACGAUUGAUUUGGUUCGUCAAGGAGGACACUAUAAAUUGUCCACUGACGCAGCCGAAGAUAACGAAAUCACUUUGCACCGCGAUAUAUCGAAAUCGCUUAUCACUCAUUACGACACUUUGCACCAAAUCACGCUUUCGAAUUCUGCACCUCACCAAAUGCUAAGCACCACUGGAGCAUCGCAAGAUCUUCAAAAUAUCUCAGUUCAACUGUCGAAACCGACAGAAUGGCUAUCCACUGAAUUGCUCAUUGUUGACAAGAACGUUGAACAACCUGUGACGUGGCGCGUGUUGGAGUGUGAAGAGUGUGUUGAAAACUUGCACCCGAUCUACCGUAGACCCGACGACAUUUUCGAUUUAGAUGAGACAUGGUACAUUGCGAGAAACGGUGGAAAGUUCGAACAACGAUGCAAGGCAAGUGGCGACGAGAAGGAAGUUCUCGAUCAGGAAAUCAGAAGCCGUGGAAUCAAAGAUGACGUCAUUGACAAGAAGUUUAUUGUUGGAAAUCAAGGAGAACCAACUUCAUUCAAUACGAUUCAAACAUCUUCAAUUGUUGCAUCUAUUUCUCAGGAUAUGAGUCGACUUGGAGAAAAGGAAACUGUGAAAAAGGUCCUUCGAAACUCCAACAAAGGAAUCAAUGUGGAGAAGAAGAUGAUUGAAGUAACAGAAACGCGAGAGACUAUCAGUGAACAAUUCAGAAGAAACGAUGAUUUCGAUAAGGCUGAUCUACUUAUCAAAGACCGUCGUUUGGGUGGAUGUUAUGAACUUUCAACAAAUGCUUCUGAACAAAGUUCAUCGAGUAUUUCAACUGCUUUGAUUUGUCCAAGACCAAGUCAUUUGUCGACUGAAAAGACAUUUAUCACUGCUCAGACUAUCAUUCCAGCUGUAUUGAAUUGUAAUGCUUCUGAAUCCAUCGGACAUACUGUCACAGAGCACUGGAACCGUCCAAAUGAUCAUUUCGCAAUCUCUAAGAUCAUCACUGAUUCCAACAAAGAAAAUGAGCAAUUCACGUUCCGAGAAGCUGGAGAAGAAUAUCACACAACGAACUGUUUCUAUUCCCGCGAACAAGAAGAGAAGAUCGUUGCAAAGACUUUGUUUGAAGCGAGACAAGGAAGUGGACAGACUUUCGAAACGAAACAUGCAACUGACCGAUCAAUGGAUGCUGUUCAGCAUUUAGAGAAAGAACGAUUGGCAGAAGCUCACGCUGAAAAGUUGUUCGUGAUUGGCAACACAUCUCAACCAGUAUCAUGGACUACGAGAGCUUCUUCUGAAAUGCAACAUAAUCAAGUAGUCACUUUGAAUCGACCAUCUCCAUAUCAUCAAGUAGAGAUCAUUCGACAGGGAGCAAAUCUUGGAAUUCCAACAUAUUUCAACGCUCGGGAAACAACAUCAAAGAUAGAGAAUGUGGCUACACAAUUGAGCAGAAAAGAAGAAAAAUUGGAGGUUGCAACAACUAAAACCACUCCAUUCUUGGCCGAACCUGUCGUUUUUGAUUCAAAUGCUUCGAAGUCUCAUUCAGUUUCUCUGGAUAAGAACUUCACUGCUCCAGGAGAGUCUGAACUCGAUGCUGUUGUUGUUAUUGUCGAUAAGAACACCGAACAACCACAAUUCUUCCGUUGUUCAUGUACGAAGGAAGCCUCAACUUCAGCCGCCGCUUCUCUUUCUGCUGGAUCCAAAUCUGAAAGUUGUAAACUUGUGCGUGUGUCUUCAAAUCUUGGUCAUCCGACUAGUCUAGUUUUGCGUGAAAGCAGCUCGGUGCAGGAGACCAACAAUGUGCACUAUCAGCGUGAUGAGCACCAUGAGCACAUUUCAGAGACCAAGCCGUGGCCGAGAGAUGGCGGAAUUUUCAAGUUGGAGACGAAAGCGAGUACAGCAAACGAAGUUCGGCUUGAUAAAGACUUGGAGAAGAAAUCAGACAGAGAGCUGGAAACUGAAAGGAAGACGAUAAUCCGAAACGAAGAAAAACCAGUUGAAAUAUUUGUGUCUGCAACGGAAGAAUCAGCUGCAGGUGUCAGUGCAAAUCUAUCAAGAGCCAAUCAAUAUGAGACAACAAAUAUCACACUGACAGCAGCUAACAAAGGAGAACCAGCUUAUUCAAGAGUCACAGAAACAACUGAACUCACUGAAACGAACAAUGUUCAACUUCGCCGAGAAGAAGAGCAUCAAGAUACUGAAAAGAUUGUUCAAAUUCCUGCUUCUGGAGGUUCAACACUUCUACGUGCUGGAUUUGCUGAUGAAAAGUUUGCUGAUAUUGAUGCGAACUUGGCCAGAGAUUCAGAAUUCCAAUCUACUCAAAUCAUCCGACAAAUUGGAAAUCAAGAUAAAACCAACUUAUCAAUCGGAGCCAGUCAAGAGACAUCUGUUAACUUUGAUGAGACAAUGAAGUGUAAUAAGAGUUCUUCCGAAGAAAUAUCCGUGACAAAAGUGGCUAAAAACAUCGAACCUCACGUUAUCUUCAGAAGUACAGAAGCGUCUGAUAUGGCAGUUGGUAUUCAUUACACUCUUCGAAGCAGUGACAAAGUGGAUGAAACAGAAGAAAUUAAGAAUGUUGCUCGAAAUGGAGGCUCGGCAACAUUCUCUUGUUUCGCAUCUGGAGAGGAAUCACCAGACAGUGUCAGUGCAUUCCUGACAAGACAACCACAAGAAGAAGCCACUGAGAAACUAUUCCCAACCCCAAUGUUAGAUUCUAUCAAAUUCAAUUCAACUGCUGCAGAAGAAUUUGCUGUCUGGAAUACAACAAGUUUCCGAAGAAAAGAUCAUGAAGAAGAGAUUGAAAAGGUGUUCAAUACUUCUGAAACGGGACAAAAUGAAUCUUUCACUUCAAAAGCAGCUGAAGAUAUUUCUAUCACUUUGGAUGCUGAUUUACAUUUUGGAGUCGGUUACAAAGAACACCGACAAAUUACGAAAGACGAAGCGAACCAGGGAGAAGGUACUGGAAUGCACUCUGGUGCAUCAGAAGAGACAAUCUUCAAUCUGGGUUACGAUUAUUGCAAACAACCAACCGAAUUCACAACUGUCUGUGUUACCGAAGACAAACUUCUCAUACAAGGAGCUUAUGGAUUCCGUGCGGCAAAAGAGGAAUCGAUCACUUUGGAUGCUGAUCUUCACUUUGGAGUCACUUACCGAGAUUUAUUAGCAAUGGGUCUGCAUGCAUCUAACAACGAAAUUGAAGGUACCGGAAUGCGUUCCACUGCAUCCGAAGAAACUGUAUUUAACCUGGCAUACGACUACUGCAAGCAACCCACUGAAUUCCGCACUCUAUUUAUCUCUGAAGACCAUCAAUUUGUUCACGGCGCGUUCGGUUUCCGAGCUGUCGGUGAAGAGCAUAUUGAGACACAAGUACUGGAACUUGAGGCCCGCAUGGUGGAGGUCAUGGUGGAGGGCAGUGUGCACAAUGUUGCUCGUAGGCAUGAAGAUGAACCAUUUGUAUUGUAUACAGAAGUUCUCGAGGAAACAAUUAUUCGUGUCGACGAGCAGCUUGAGAAGAAGACGACUGUCAUUGAGACCGAGCAGGCGUCUGAAGUCAAGAUGAGAGAGAAAGGAGAAGAACGUAGAAAGGAAGAGAAGAGAGUCAGUUUCGCCGCUGAAGUUCAAGAAAAGACCAUGGAAGCCAUCGAUAAGAGUCUUGGAUUGGAUACUUCCAUGGAGGUGGAACCAGCCUUCCAAAAGCCAUCAAUCAUCAAGAAGCCAAUGAAGAAGGAAAGAGAAAGACGUGGCAGAGAUCUUCGUCAGAAUGCCGCUCCUGCUUUCAAACCUGUUCGGCGGAACUCCCUUCUUCAAGCUCUUGCAAUCGGAAGUCCUCACAAUAUUCCUCACUUCAAAACUCUCGAUGAUAUCGUUAAGGCUAUCAAGCAUGCUGGUCUGGAAUAUUCCAACCUUAUUUUCGGAAUUGAUUACACCAAAUCCAACUUCUAUCAAGGAGAAAGAACAUUCGAUAAGAGACCACUUCACACAAUUGAUCCAGCUGAAAUGAACCCAUAUCAACAGGUUAUCCAAAUUGUCGGAAAAACUCUUUCCUCAUUCGAUGCUGAUGGACAAAUCCCUGCAUACGGAUUCGGAGAUGAGGAGUUCACUGAUCAAGGAAUUUUCAAUAUUGCGGACAGAUACGAUCUUGAUAAGGAUUGCAAUGGAUUCGAAGAAGUACUCAGAGUCUACAACGAAGUCACACCAUCCAUCGAAAUGAGCGGACCAACCAACUUUGUGCCACUGAUUGAUCGAGCGAUUGAAAUCUGCAAAGAGAAACACUCUUAUCACAUUUUGGUCAUUGUUGCUGACGGACAGGUCACCAACGAAAAGAUCAAUCAGAAGGCUAUUGCCGCCGCUUCCCACUAUCCAUUGAGUAUUAUUAUGGUUGGUGUUGGAGACGGUCCAUGGAACAUGAUGGGACGAUUCGAUGACAACAUUCCAAAGCGACUCUUCGACAAUUUCCAUUUCGUCGAUUUCCACAAGGUAAUGUUCAACGCUCCAAACGCCGAUGCUUCAUUCGCUUUGAAUGCACUCAUGGAAAUUCCGGAUCAAUACAAAGCUAUCAAAGAAUUGGGACUUUUGAAACACAGUCGUCGUAGCUAA